GCGGGACGGCGGCCGCAGCCCGGGGCAGGCAGGCGGACAGGCACGGAGCCCGGCCCGGCAGGAUCACCCGCAGUAGGACGACCCAGCGCGCUGCGGUGCGGCGGCGCCGACUGAGACCCGGAGCUGUCCACCUUGGCAGAGCGCGGCAUCUCCAGGUCCCUGGGUCUGGACAUCCAGCUCUACUAGGCCUGGCCAUGGCAUUGUGCCUGAAGCAGGUAUUUGCCAAGGACAAGACUUUCCGGCCCCGGAAGCGCUUUGAGCCCGGCACACAACGCUUCGAGCUCUAUAAAAAGGCACAAGCCUCACUCAAGUCUGGCCUGGACCUUCGAAGUGUGGUGAGGCUGCCACCUGGCGAAAGCAUCGAUGACUGGAUCGCUGUGCACGUGGUGGACUUCUUCAACCGCAUCAACCUCAUCUAUGGUACCAUGGCUGAGCACUGCAGUGAGACCAGCUGCCCAGUCAUGGCGGGCGGGCCUCGCUAUGAGUACCGCUGGCAGGAUGAGCGCCAGUACCGAAGGCCUGCCAAGCUCUCGGCACCCCGUUAUAUGGCAUUGCUCAUGGACUGGAUCGAGGGUCUCAUCAAUGAUGAGGAUGUCUUUCCGACACGUGUUGGAGUUCCCUUCCCCAAGAACUUCCAGCAGGUCUGCACCAAGAUCCUGACCCGACUCUUCCGAGUCUUUGUCCACGUCUACAUCCACCACUUCGACAGCAUCCUCAGCAUGGGGGCGGAGGCACAUGUCAACACCUGUUAUAAGCACUUUUACUACUUCAUCCAGGAGUUCAGCCUGGUGGACCAGAGGGAACUAGAGCCACUGAGGGAGAUGACAGAGCGGAUCUGUCACUGAGUCCAGAUCUGGAUGUUGUUGCCUAUCAACUGGACCAUCGGACACAGUGUAGCUAGGAGAGGGGACCUUAGGAGCCUGUCAGUAGAGCAAUCUGAAGGCCUGUAGGACCCCUCUACAUACCCAACACCUCUGGACUUCUCAGAAGUCCACCUGGAGAAGGGAGGGCUUCAAGUGGGCAACUGAAGCAAAGGAGUUUAGCCCCUCACAUUCAGUCCAAGAGUAGGGUAAGCUACCAGGUUCCUGCUCUGAUACUUCACCCUUUCCAGAUCCAUUUGGGGAAUAUGGAUGUGGCUGAAGUGGUGGCAAGAAAAUUAUGAGAGUAAGUGCAAGCGGGUAGGGGCGUGUGUGUGUGUGUGAGAGAGAGAGAGUGGGGGGUUGAUUGUGAGAUUUGUCUGAGAGAUUCAGGUCCUUUCUGGCACAUAGUAGGCCCUCAUGUUGGAUGGAUGGGUGGGUAGAUGGAUGGAUGGAUGGGUAGAUGGGUAGAUGGAUGGAUGGGUGAAUGGGUGGACAGACAGACAGGAUGAUCUAAGUCCAUGACCCUUUUAGAGUAAUGACAGCUUAGUGCCCCAGCUCAACUCUGACCAUAUGUACAAGUGUACAGAAUGUGUGUGUAGAUGGAGUGGUACCUCUGGAUCUUCUAGAGCACCAUUUUCUAUCUAAAUGAGUCCCAUGUAGUUGGGUGGAGGCUAGAAAGUUCAGCUUUGCCCUGAAUUCCUUAAACCCCUGACCUACCACCAUGUGUGCUGAUUUGCUCAGCCAAGGAUGUCCAUGAAUUGUUACUUCGUUCAUCUCUCUGCUUCCAGGAGGGCCUGAUAACAGUAAGCCUCUAAGCUAGGCGGUGGUGGCACAUACCUUAAAUUCCAGAAUUCAUGAGGCAGAGUCACAAGGAUCUGAGUUCUAGGCAAGCCUGGUCUACAGAGUGAGUUCCAGGACAACUAGGGCUACACAGAAAAACCCUGUCUCAAAAAACAAAACACAAAACAGCAAAGCAAAAUAGUAGCCUCUUGAGGAUUGAGAUUGAUCCCUCAUGUCCACAAAGGUCCCCUGGACUUUCAUCUGGGACUUGAGAUACUUCAGAACCUACUGACCUGACUGAAGGCCAGCACAACAUAGCCCUCUAAAACAGAGAGCCACUGGAACUUGAAUUGGGGCAUCUGGAAUCUUUUCUAUUAUCUCAGGACACUGAGGAUCAUGUAGCUGGUGGAGACCUUCCCAUCCUGAAAACACCUGCCUCUACCCAACCAUCCCGAGACAUCCCAGCUACUUGGGUCUCUAAGCACGGCUAUCUGGAGAGGCUGGGAUGCUCUUUCAAUAACCAUUACUUAGUACCUCCAUGCUGAGUCCUGUGCACAGGCUCACAGGUAGGGAAACCAUGACCCUUCCAGAGCCUUAAUCCUGAGAGGCCAGGAUGGAGAACAAGAAGUAACACAAGAAUCCUGUCUGUCUCUCAGUGUACAAAGAAGGAAACUGAAACCCGGAAGCUUUUUUAAAGCUGGUAUAAAAGCCAAGGCUCUUGACUUCUACUCUAGGGCCUGCUGAUGUGACACCAAGAUGCUUGUGGAAAUAAGGUUUGUCAAAUACUCUCCAGGACACAACUCUUCCUGUUUUGAACAAGGAUUCCUAGCCUGAUGCCAGAGAGCCCCACCACCCCUGGGUUGGCUCAAGUUGGCUACUGAAACAAACCUUCAAAACUAGGCCUAUUGUUAUGGCCUAGGAACUGCCUGCCCUCCGGAGAAACAGCAGGGCUCUCCAGAUCAGCAGGACCUGAAACUUUCUAUCUCUGCCAGCUUCAGAAAAGUCCCAAAGAAAGCAUGCUGUCCUACAGCUUUGGCAGUGGUUUGGAACUGAGGAAAGUGGGUAAUUCAUUCCCCCACAGUGGGCUGCAGGACAUAUUCUGAAAUCUAGGCUGUGAACAGGGAUGAUGGGGGUGGGGAGGGAAAUAUAUUUUUGUGAAAAAGGGAAGAUUUUGCUAUUUUUGGUAAAAAUAAAAGACAAACUAAAGCAA